AUGACUGACAAGCUGCCACCGAAUUUGUUGGCCUUGUUCGCGCCACGGCCUCCCUUGCGAUGGGUAGAGCCUUCGGAUUACGCCCCCGGGAAGCGCAAGACCGCACCCAUUGAUGGUGUCGCCGGUUUCCUGCCUGAGCUUCAGAAGUACAAGGAGACGGAUGUCUACAAUCCCACCGAGAGUUGGCUCGAAGCGAGGGAUAGAAAAAAGUGGGAGAAGAAGGAAGCUGUCGAGAGGCUGCUCAUUGAAGGGCCCAAGAAUUACGCGCCCAACGAGGACCCAAACAUUAGAGGCGAUGCGUUCAAGACUCUCAUUGUUGCGCGGCUCAGCUAUGACGCUGACGAACGGGACUUGGAGAGAGAAUUUGGUCGGUUUGGUCCGAUUGAGCGCAUUCGUAUCAUCACGGAUACCCACGCGCACGAAAAGCCUAACAAGAAGAAAAAGGCCCACCGUGGAUAUGCCUUUGUAGUAUUUGAAAGAGAAAAGGAUAUGAGAGCUGCCUUGGAUUCCUGUGAUGGUAUUCGUAUCAAAGACAGACGCAUCAAAGUAGAUGUCGAAAGAGGCCGAACCGUCAAAGGAUGGAAGCCGCGUAGAUUAGGCGGCGGCCUCGGCGGACGGGGUUACACCAAGGCAGCACCCGCUCGUCCUGGAGGCGGCCCUGGAGGAGGCUUCGGCGGCGGUUUCCGUGGCGGCUUUAAGGGAUUCGAAGGCGGACGCGGCCGAGGUGGCUUCCGUGGCGGGUUCGGUGGCCGUGGCGGAGGAUUCAGGGGCGAUGGACCCCGUGGUGAUAGAAACGGCUUCGGUGCGCCGAGCGGAGCUCCAUCCGGGCCUGGAGGCGACCGCAGAAACGGUGACCGCGGCUUUGGCGGCGGAUUUGAUUCCCGGGGCGGGCGAUCCUUUGACGAUAGACCUGGAGGUGGUUACCGUGAUGGCGGCCGUCGCACCGGCGGCAACAUGGAACCUAUCGGACGCAGAGAGGGUGGGUUUCGGGAUAGAGACCGUGACCGCGACCGCGACCGUGAUCGUGAUCGGGGCGACCGUGAGAGGGACAGAGACCGAGUUGGUCGGGACUACGACAGGCCGCCGCGCGACGAUGAUAACCGCAAACGAGGAUACGAAGGAGGUGGCUAUGAAGAUCCCCGAAAACUGCGACGAUACUAA